AUGGGUCGUAUGUACUGUUUCCAGUGCUUCAAAAGCGGAAGAACGUCCCUGAAAUACGAUGAGCCGUCUGGAAGACCUUCCACGAGUGCCACCUCCGAAAAUGUGCAGAAAAUUCAUCAACUUCUGCAUGAGAAUCGUCGGGGGACAAUCAACGACAUCGUUGAUGCUGUUGAUCUGUUGUAUGAGUCCGUGCAGCAGGCAAUCCUAACGUCUGCAUUCUUCACGACGACAACGAACCCUGUUACCGAGUUUUUCUCCCUCGUGAGUUCCUCAUCAAUUAACAUGGUAUUGCUUCUACACCCGCCUUAUUCGCCAGAUUCUUCACCUGCGGAUAUCCAUCUCUUCCCCAAGAGGAACAUGCAGUUCAAAGGUCGCUGCUUCAACAUUGUUAUCACGAUCACGAGAGAAUCGCUGAAGGUCCCUCGACUCGCUUACGGACACGACUUCCAGGCCGAAUUCCAAAAGUGGCGGGAACGCUGA